AUGCAUGGAGCUUUGAGGUUACUAACCAAAAGGUUUCCUGUGUUCCAACUCAAAGCGCUUCACAAUGGCUCCUCUUCCAUUCAUAAAAUAGUCACGCCAUCUACAAACAACUUAAUCGUUCCUACAUAUGUGCCCAAGAAUGAUAUUUCUGAAAUUGGGCCUCUCAAAAACUUCAGAUUGCCUGCUUUAGACAAUCCCAGAGAUAUUUAUACGUUUCCUACAUUGAAUCCGACUAAAAUCGUUGAGCCUUUCAUAUCUACAAUUAUUGAAAAAGCUGAUCCAACUAAAAAUAUAAGCAUUGAGUGCCCAUCUUCUGAGGUAAAACCAGAGUUAUCGUUGGCCCCACGACUUUUAACCAUUCGUCGUAAGAAAAUGAAGAAGCACAAAAGAAGAAAACGCUACGACCGCGAUUUCUUCAAAUAUCAAAAGUAUCACAGGGAGAAAAAGCUGAAAGCUGAACGAGAGUUUUUGAAAAGAAUGAAAAGUCAUCUUGCUGAACUGGAUGCUUUCAAUCCUGAGAAAUAUGUUCGAGAAACUAUCACAGAAGCCAAGAAAGAGUGGAGUGAUGAACUAGCACCUACAGGCAGGAAGUUGUAUCCUCAUUGGUCUCGCUUAAUGACUUUAGAAGAAUUGUAUGGGCUACAGAAAGAUGAUUACAUUGAUAAAAAAGCAGGAUUUCCCACCGAUGAAGAUUUAGAAAAAAUAAAGAGCUUGAAACUAGAUUAUGCGAAUAAGUACAGGAAAGUUUAA